CAAUCCACGAUUCGGGUGUUUUCACGCGGUGAACUUUAAAUGUGAGAAUGGCGGCUGCGGAAUUGCAGCGCCAUUUAGCUGAACUUCACGAAGUUAUUGAUUCAGGAAACACGGCACAUGGUCCUGAAACUGCCCAGGAUUUAGUGGUUGAUAUUGCUCACUUGUGUCUCAAUCAGACCCGCGAAAAUGAGCUGGCAUUUUGUCGGUCAGAACUGUUCCAGAAGGAGACGGGAAUUGUUGUGUUUCUUCAAAAAGCAGUUUCAAAAGAUGAGUAUGCUGGAAGCAAGGUCCAGGCCUUGGAGUUUCUCCUGGGCUUUGUGCAGAAGGCCAAGGAACUGGUGGUGGACAAUGCCAAGGACAUCAAGGAUGUAUGUAUGUCUCUGUAUACCAGGGACAAACUAGCCAAGGUCAAGGCCAAGACAUUUCCACUCGUUAUAGAGCUGCUGAAGCUGACAAGUGGUACAAGAAUGGAUGCAGUCAUGGGUGUGGAAGGAAUGCUCAAGAAAUUCUUUGGAGAGCUUGCUCAGCCAAGUAAGCUUUCUCAAUCAGUCAAAUUUGGCAUCUACCAAACCCUUGGUGCCUUUGGAGAGUACUACCCGCAGCUUGUGAUGGCCUAUUCGGAGAGACUCUUUGGUGUCCUCGUAUCUACACUUAAAGAACAGAUGACGUCAAAGACCAAGAAGCCGGAGAUGACCACCGUUGCUGGCUGUCUGAUGGGUCUAUCACAUCUUCUUGUCAACUUUACACAAUCCGUAGAGGAGAACAGCAAGCAUUGUAAAGCAAUCUACCAAUAUGCGACCAUGAGUGUGGACCCGGGACCUUACAAAUCCAAGGAGGCUGGCUCAAUCCCUCGAUACGACAUCCCGAAGGCUGGCCUUAACCUUAUUGGCAGACAUGCAGCACAGUUCAAUGAAUAUCUCUAUAGGGACCAUGAGAUGGUGUACAGCCGACUGCUAUACUGGAGCCACUCUCGUAACUCGGAGAUGAAAUGGGCCGGAUACGAAGCUCUUCAGUCGUUCCUCAAAGUGGUGUCUUACAUGCUGGUGGAAAAUGCAGAGAAAAAGAGAUCUUCAGAUAUAGCGGUCUUGAAGUUCUUCAUCCAAUCAUUUAGGAAUACCAUUGAUGAUACAAGCAGCUCUUCCAAAGCUCUUUCUACGGCCAUCAGGGGCUAUGGUGUCUUUGCAGCGCCCUGCAAGGCGUUCAUGUCGGAAGAAGACGUGAGAUUCAUGUUCAAUGAGAUUAUCCAAAGAAGUGAACAACAGUUUCUGGUUCAAGGAGAAGAGAGAUUGUCCCAACUACCUACAUAUCUGGAGGCAUUGGCUAGCAUUGUUGGGCAAUUAGAUACAGUGAGUGAUACAUUCCUGUCAUCGCUUGAGAAGUUGGUAGUCCUGGUGUUUGGAAGUUACCCCCAUCAGGCUCGGAGUAGUCAGUGGACCAGUCACAGUGCUAUCCUACAGAUCCUCAUCGCGUUAUCGGCUAAAGGAACAUCCCUCCAAGGGUUCCUCUCCAGAGUGGUGUAUCAGUGGAUCCUUCGUACAUGUUCCUUUCCUGUACUAUUAGAAUCAGGAGGUGAGGAAGGAGAAGAACAGAGGAGUGACGAGAUGGAGAUAGAGCAGGAUGCCAGAAGAGUCUCCUACAAAAGCUUCAUGGAUCUGUGGACCAGGCUGCUGGAUAGCAAGUUUAUCAAGACAUCUGAAGCUCACGGUUCAAGCUAUGCUGAACGGUUGAACAUCCACACCAUGAUCUACAAUGAGUUGAUCGGCGGAAUCUUGAAGGUUAUCAAGAAACUGGAUCUCAGCUCCAACAAACACAAUGAGGAACAGGCAUCAGAUGGUGUGACCUCUGACCUUGAAGGAAGUACUUCGUCUGAUCCUCUGGAAGGGUUGAGGGCGGCCAAACCAAAGGACCAACAAGUCUUCAUCAACCUUGUGGACUUCACCAAGGAACUGCUACCCACAAGACAGAUCCAGCUGUUUGAUGCUUGGGUGUAUCGUUUUGGCCAUGAACUGAUUCAGCUCUCUAGCCAACAUCCGCUGAUCAGUGGCUUCUACAAGUUGUUGACCGUCUGCAUGACCAUGUCCAGCAAGACUGCAUUCUUCAAGGAAGUGGAUCCGUAUGUCCGUAUGGAAUCGUGUUUCAAACCGAAAUUGGAAGAUGAACCCAUGGAUGUGGAUGACGACAGCGAGCCCAUGGCAACCAAGACCACGCCUAGCAGCGUGUCUCUCUCGGACAGAGAAGCCUGCUUCUUUCUGUUUUCCAAGUUCUCGAAGGAGGUUCUGGUCCGACUGAAGCAGUACAAGGAUGACCUCCUCGCUUCUUGUCUCUUUCUCAUCCUCUCUCUCCCCCACCAGGUGGUGGAGUAUGAGGUUCGUGAUGUCAUCCCAGCACUCCAGACUGCGUUCAAGCUUGGUUUGAGUUACUUGCCCCUGGCUGAGUCUGGACUCUCAGCCCUUCAGACCUGGAUCCGUUACAUUCCAUCAGAUGUUCUCAAGCCUUACUAUGCCCAGGUUCUUCCCCAGCUAGACGGCUACCUCAGGGCCGGAAGUGGAUCUGAAGAUGACAGUAGCAGACCUGAGGUUCUUGUCGUUCAGACAGCAUCCAGUCGCCAGGGACGGAGGCGCAUCCCUUAUAAGCUUCUGAAGAAAGCCAAGGAAAAUGAUCAGAGUCAAGAAUCCCCUUUGAGGAGUGUACAGCUCCAGAUCCUCCGUCUCCUUGGCUCCUUGGGAGGUAGUGUGAACGUGGGUCUCCUGGAGACAUCGGCCCAGGAGCUUGCCAAGGUAGCCCUGGCCUGGGAUUCGAAGCCGAGACUCAACUUUCCUGUUCCAUUCGUGGAUAUGAAACCCGAGAUUCAGCUUGAUGCCUUUUUGCCAAGGAUUGUUGACCUGGCUUUGACCUCCAGUGACCGACAGACCAAGGUGGCAGCAUGCGAGACCCUACAUACCUUGGUCCUUUUCAUGCUGGGUAAAGGAUCUCAACAGCCUGACCAAAGGGAAGCAAAGAGCCCAAUGGAUCAACUGUACAAGAAGGUCCUUCCUGCAGUACUUCAGCUGGCUUGUGAUGUGGAACUGGUCGCCAGGCAGCUCUUUGAACCCCUUGCCAUGCAGCUCAUCCACUGGUUUUCAGGGAACAAGAAAUAUGAAAGCGCAGAGACCACCACGUUGUUGAAUGCCAUCCUUGCCGGUAUAGUGCAUCCUACAGACACAGCACUGAGGGACUUCUGCGCUCGCUGUAUCAGUGAAUUCUUAAGGUGGUCCAUCAAACAGACGAGUAAAAAGCAACAAGAAAAGAAUGCAUUCAAUACCAAGUCACUCCUGAAGCGUCUCUACUCCAUGGCCUCGCACCCCAGUGCAUUCAAGAGACUUGGAGCUGCUCUUGCCUUCAAUAGUAUCUACACCAUCUUUAGAGAGGAGGAAGCCCUUGUUGAUCAGUUCACCUUUGAACUUGUGGUAGUCUUUGUUCAAAGCUUGGCCUUGGCCCAUCACGAUGACAAAUCACUUGGCACUCAGGAGCAAGGUAUAGAGGUUCUGAAGCACCUGGAGAGGAUCAUGCGAGUGAAAGCAGCCUUACUCAACAAAGAGAGCAAGAACAGAAGGGUUCCAAGGGGACUUCCGGAGGAUUGUAACCCUACCCUGAGUCAUAUGGUGAUGUGGCUGAUGACACAGUGUGGCCGUCCUCAGACAGAAUGUAGACAUCAGUGUAUGGUCCUCGUAUACCAGUUGACAUCCCUCCUACCAGGGCGAAACACGCCUGCAACAUGGAUGGCAAACACGGUCAAGGAGAGGGGUGCUGAGUAUUUUGUUGCAAGGUUUGAGGGAGGUGGUCAUAAAAGUGGCAUUCAGAAACAUCCCCUUUCGGCCUAUAAAGAUGAUCAGUUUACUGUGAAGGCGACCAUCCUCUGGCUGGAGUACCUGUUAGCUGCGCUGGACUGCUUCGUCUGGGUCUUGAAUGAAAGACUACUCACACCAACUGCUCUAUUCAGAUCCCCAAAAGAAGGAAAAAGGAGCAACCUCUUCAAGUCCAUUGAUGUCUUCCUGGUGAUGGCCCAGUGCCAUCUGCAUGAAACGGCCAAGCACUCGGGUUCCACGGAAGUGGGCUUUUCACCCAGGGAAGAAGAAGACUACGAUCGAUCCAAAUGUACGGUCCUCAUCCGUCUCUUUGAUUUCAUGAGUGCCAUGCUUGGAGGCUAUUCCAAGGAAGCUUUAGAGAUUGUCCCCUCCAAGCUGUGGACUGGUCGAUUUGCCGAGGUCCUGUGUAGUUGUGUAUUGAAACCUACUUCCCUGGGUUUCAACAUGGCUGACACGGUCAUCAUGAACAACCUCCCUCACACUAUGAAUCAGAUCCUUGGUGUAUUGUACAACAAGCUACCUACAAACCUACUCAAGGAGCUUCAGACUGUCAUUCAUGAAAGGAUUACUGCUAGCAGGAAUGAGGAUCUAUUCUCCCUUCUUCCGACGUUAUUCAGUGAUGAGAAUGAACUUGGCUUGGAUCACGUACAGCUUCAGCAUCUCGUUCUGGGCUACAAGCAGCUACAGAAGGCCAAACUACUCACCAGACAGGCUUCGUCCAUCUUGGACUGCGUGAUGCGUGGACUGGUGAAGAGAGGCGAGAACGGACAGGAAGCUAGGAAAAUGACCCCCUCGGAGAUUGACCUAGGUCAGAGCUUACUGGAGCUUGCAUUCCAACUUGGGGUACAGACAAACGGUUUGAUUGACUGCAUGUUGGAUAGUACCCCCAUCGUCAGCAGUUCAUCGCGGUCUGUGACUUCGAGGUUGUCUGCCGCAGAGACCAGCCUAGGCAUCCUGUUCCUGACCACCUACAAGCAGCCCAUCAUGGACCAGCUGGUUAAGCACGGACAGGACACGGUGUACCAGCUGAGUGACCGGGUCCGAGAAGACAAGCAGAGCGUCGGGAUGAUCGUCUACGGCUUGCUGGAACAUGCUGUGGGCAGCAGGGAUAUCAGAAAAAGAUAUGGGAUGGCUAUUUACAGUGCUGUCCUGACACAAUGGGAUACUCUCUCAAACCUUGGUCAAGACGAUGAUUUUGUUCUCAACCUUAUCAAGAAAGUUCUUCAGAUUGAUUUCAAGUUUGCCAAGGAUUCAACCCACCCUGCUUUCCGCCCUGUGUUCAACCAGUACCUGGGCAUGCUACGGGACACCAAGAAAUCUCUUGCCUGGAAAACGCAAGUCCUCGAUGUCCUCUACUUCUUCGCCAGUGUACCAGAGAAGGAAGAAAAGGAACUGAAAUCUGCUCUUGACCUUCUUGUAGCAAACCACUUUCCUCUCAAGUCUACAGACCUUGAUGUUGGAAGCCCUAGCUACAAUGACUACAUUAUGGCUCUCAACAAGAUUCUUACAUCCCUUGUGAUGAGCCAAAGCCUGAUGCUUCUUGAGCUAAUCAUCAGCAUCCUCUGCCGAGAUGAGAAGCACAGUUACGAAGACAAGAUACAGGGCGCCCUCUCGUCAUUUGCCAAGCGCCUUCCCCCGGAGAAGCAGUCUGCCGCUGCCAACAUCCCGUUUGAGAUCUUCAAGCAAGACAGGCGCUACUCCAAGGAGAUUCGUAAAGCCGCCAUCCAGCGGGUCUGCAUCCCUCUCCUCAGGCAGGCCUCUCGGGAUGCCAUGGUGGCCUUUUACAAAGGUCACAUCCAUGAUCUGGUUUCUCUGCUAGAAGCUAGGCUCACUAAGAACCCUGUGCAAGCGUUCGAGAACCAACUUGUGUCCAAGAUCUGUUACUUUGAGCUGAUUGAAGUGCUAUACUCCAGGCUGAACAGGGAUGACCUCCACACAAAGGACUCUGCUCUCAACCGAGAAUAUUGCCAUGGCAAGGUCGAGAAGGGCAAUGAAAUGUCCACUGCAUUGACGAAGGCAUCACUUGGAGCUCGCAAUGAGGAUUGCCGUGGGGAAACGGUUGCCGUGGAGCUGAGACGCCAGUUUCACUGCGCUGCAUUCAACUGCUGUGCUGCCAUCAUCAGUUGCGUUCAGGACAACGUCAAAUUCUUCAAUGCAUUCAUCUUCAGUGAGAAUUUGUCUAAGGGCCAGUUCCUGUUGGACAACCUAGUGGACCCCAAGAAGGAGUACAAGUUUGCCAUUGAGGCUGAUGCCCCCGUGGAACGCAAGAAGAGGUUUGUGGCCAUCCGCAGCCAAGCGAGGGAGGCAAAUGCACCCGAGGAAUCCGGAUAUGUUUCAGGCCCCGCCCACUACCUAUCAUCCCAGUAUCUAUCCGACAGCAGCCUGAGCGAAGACGUGAAUCAGUUUGACUUCUCAAGCAGCAUCAGGCAUUUCAGCGGCUCUGUGGAGAGUCAGAGGGAUGUGGCAGGGGGUAGUCAGGGAAGCCAGGGGAGCCAGCGGUUGGGACCCAUGGUCGGGAGACAGGACUCGAAGGCAGUCUUCUCCCCCGGUGGAGAGUAUCUAGAGAUGGAGGAGGAUGAGCUCAACCAACAUGAAUGCAUGGCUGCGAUGACAGGCGUACUCAAACACAUGACAACAAACAAAAUCAACCCAGACAUAACCAAGGCAACCAGAGCUGAAGAAAUGCCAACGUGGAUGUCGGAUCUUCAGAAGAAGCUAUCUUCACCAUCAACAGAACAUAACAUCAAGCUCUUCAUCAUCAGACUAAUCAUCAAUACCCAAGAUGUGUUCCAGCCUUAUGCCAAGUUUUGGCUGAUGCCAUUGAUGCAGUUCCUAGCCACCGCCAGAGUACAGCGAGAUGGAAUGAAUGACAUGGUCAUGGACAUCAUGUUGGUCAUGCUAGACUGGUCCACCAUUGCUGUCCCAGAGGACAGCCGUUUGGCGAGUGGAGUGCUAAGAUUCCUCAUGGAGAAUAGCUACCACGAAAGGAAGCCUGUCAUGAAGAACAACCUCGAGGUCAUCAAGACGCUGGUAGAAUGCUGGAAAAGUGUCAUCACUGUACCUACCAGAGUAAUCUAUGAAAAGCUCCAGGACCGUUCCCCAGACAAAAAGGACAGUGCUGUCGGUAUUCAUCUUCUUGGGGUAAUCCUAGCCAAUAAACUUCAGCCUCUCAGUCCCACGUGUGAUGUGGAUCCCGACAGGUUUUACUCUGCACUGGCAUCCAACAUUGACAACAAGUACAAGGCAGUUCAUGGGGCAGCAGCUGAGGUCAUCGGCAUGGCGAUGAAACAGAUGGCAGAAACUGAUCAGAUCACGGAUGGCCAUCUUCAUGAAGUAACCUACAAACAGCUCCAUCAGCUCCAGUUAGGCUCUGGAAAAGAAGUCAUCUUCAUCACAUGUCUGCAUAAGAUUCAUCUCAGUUACCCGGUCUUCACCGAUAGAUUCAUGAACAAGCUGUUGUUCAUGUUGCCUUCAAUCCAUGGUCAACCAAAGACGGAAUGUCUUCAGAUCAUCACAGCCAGGAUAGAACACAUCGACAACGCUUUCAUUGAGAUGAAGAAUAAGAACAUCCUCGCUCUUCUGACACACAAAGAUGAAGCCGAUCAGUUGACAAGUCUCAAGUUAGUCGAUGGGAUGCUUCCCAAGCUUCAGCCGUCGGAGCUUCUCUAUCUCCUUCCCGCCAUCAAGGACUUUGUCUCUCAUCCUAGCCCUACCUGCCGAGAUGCGAUGUAUUCCAUUCUCAUGUGGAUCUAUGAUAACUACAGGGAAGACGAUAGGAGAGACGGUGAGGACGCUGAUAAGGCGCUAUCUAUUGCUAAGGAUUCCCUCCUGCAAGGCCUUUCUGAUCAGGAAAACUACCUACGAUUGAGAGUGAGUAAUUUCUGGAGCCACGAAACCCGUCUCCCUAAAGAGACUCUAGGUCGGCUCAUCGCCAUGUUGAGAUGCAUGUACUCCCCUUCCACGGAGAAUCGUUACCUUGGUUACGCCACCAAUCUACUGCUAGAGAUGACCUCCAAGAGCCCUGAUUUCAAGAGAGAAAUCUUUGACCAUCCAUUAUCAGCUUGUAAAUUUGAGGAAGUGCAGAUCGACCACUCCUGGCGACAGCGCCACGCAGCAAUAUCCACCCCUAAGUUCGUGGAGACGCAGUUGGGCCAGUCCCAGGGUAGUAUGAGGGGAUCCCCCUCGUCCCAGAGUAUGGGCAUGGGAAGAGGGCAGCUCAGGGCAACCCAGGCUACUCAACAAUUUGCCCCAACUCAAGAGAAUGCUGCUGCCAGCCGCAAGAACGCCUACAACUGGUUGACGGGAAGCCAGGACACGUUUGCUGAUUAUUCUUCUUCAUCUUCAUCGGCAAGCGAGUCUUCCUUGCUCUUCACGAUGGGGUCUCUACCGAAGAGAACUGAUGCGUUCAAGAGCAGCAAGCAGGACACCGGAGCAGGUGGAAGCAGAGGCAACGACACCAGGAAAGCCCCCUCUGAAGGCGAGAAGGAGAUCCAGCGCCUCAAGAGACGAUUCUUAAAAGAUCAGUCAUCUCAGAGUGCAUUCUUUGCUAAACGAGCAACCAGACAAAAACAACUCAGAGAGGAAGUACAGAAGAGCCAGAGGGAGCGUAGGUUUGCCCAAGUAACGAUGUAUCGUCAGUAUAGGACUGGAGACCUGCCGGACAUCCAGAUCAAACACUCUGACAUCAUCGCACCCCUGCAGGCGUUAGCACUGAGAGAUUCCACGCUAUCUCGGUUGCUGUUUUGCGCCCUCUUUAGGGGAAUCUUUGCCCGGAUCGGAGACGAUUGCACAGAGAGAGAGGCGGGGAUUCAUGUGAAAGAGAUUGAAACUCACCUCAACCAGAUGCUGAAUGAGUCCAAUCAAUUUGAUCCGGCUUUCAUCAGCUGUAUUCUGGAGAUUGGUUUCUACCACAGUAAGCAGUUGACCCUUGACCCAGCGGCUAUCAGCCAAUCAAGUCUGACCAGCCGUCAGCUGCUAAUUGGUAUCCGAGUCUUGGAGGAGGUGUUGAUAAAGAAAAGCUGGGACGACGAGAGGAGCAGGAAGAGGGCAAGGACAUCCAGACCAGAACAGAGCCAGGAGAUGAAAAACUGGAUUGAACUAGCAAGGCUGUACAAGGCGAUGGGCGAAUUUGAUGUACUACGAGGAAUAUUCGGCUCCCGCAUUGAGACCAAGGAUGUGACUCACAAAGCGAUCCAAGCCGAGUCAAGGGGAGACUAUGAGAAAGCGCUCAAACUCUACUCAGAGGCAAUAUCAUCAGAGUCGACCCAGGACGUUACUCAGGAGGAGGAGGACUUCUGGGAUGAGGCUCGUCUUCAGUGUUGCAACCAGUUGACAAAGUGGGACAACAUGGAAUCCUUUGCAACUGAUCAGAUUGAAGGAAAAGAAACCAAUGAUUUCUCUGACUUGUGGAACGACUCUUACAAACAGGAGAUCUACUUGCCCUGUAUGAUACGAUCCAAACUCAAGAUGUUACUUGAAGGUUCGGGGGAUGACAGUCUUACGACGUUCAUUGAUUCAUCCGCCAAGAACCCAGAGAGAAGAGCUAUUCUAGAGUCCCGAUACACUGAGGAAUUAGCUGCCUUGUCGAUAUUGAAAGAAGACUACAACCGAGCGAAGUACUACUUGGCAAACUCCACAAGUUCAUUCCUUCAGGAAUGGUCUGGCCUGGGACCUCUGAUGCUCUCAAGCCGACUGUCCAAGCUCCAAGACAUCCAGAAGCUGACCGAAGCGGAACAGUUCCUGCAACUUGCCAACAAACCAUUUUCAGAGGGAUUGAAAUCUUCCGCCAUCAGACUUUUAUCGAACUGGUCCAGGAACCUACCAGAUCCAAAGAGAGAUCCUAUCAGUGUGUGGGAUGAUGUCACGCAAUACAGAUGUCUCUACAUGGACAAGCUCUGCAACAUCCUGGGCGAUUCCCCGGGCGGUGGAGGCGACACCAUGGAGACGAUGGGGGAUGGAAAGUUUGAUGACCUCGUGAGGAGGAAGAAGGUUCUCCUGUCGAUGAAGAUGGCCGACAGUGCUUGCCAGCAGUCCAACUUCUUUGUUGCAACCAAACAUCUGAAAUCAAGUCAUCGAGACCUUGCUGAUUUUGAAGAUCUGAAACCUGCCUGGACUCACAGCUACGUAUCUAUGAUACAGAGAAAGGCUCUUCUUCUUGAGCCGUAUGAAAGGAUCACCUCUCUUCUCAAGACGCUGGAGCAGCUCGGCAAGCUGCCAGAAUCUCAGGGCUUGAGGAGCGAUCUGGUCCUGCUGUGCAACCAUCGUAUUCUCACCAGUAACACCUAUCGGUCUAUGGCUACUGCGCUGCAAGAUGGAAAAAGAGAAAUCCUAGAAAGAUUAAGCGAUGAGGGGAAGUUGGAUAAGCUUCUUGAGGCAGCUAAAUGUAAAGAGAAAAAGCAUGAGGAGGUGUGUCAGAGCCUAUUCGAGAAGAGCAAGAAAUACCUUGACGAAGCUGUAGUUACUAUCAAAAAAGAUCCUGAGUCCAACUCAUCAUCCCACCUACUGUCCUCAACGGAGAGGGAGAGCAUGGCCAAGGCUCACAUGACUCUCGUCAGCUUCUCGGAUCAGUUGCUACGGCAAAAAGAAAGUGAAAACUGCGAUCCUGAUUGCUUGCCCUCGUUGGAAACCUACCCUACAACCUUGGUGAUAUCGACUCUUCAGGCCAUGAAACUCAGCUCGACCAAGGCAAGACAGCACUUCCCCAGGCUGCUCCAGAUAGUAGAGAAAUAUCCUGAAACUAUGAAAACUCUUGUCAAAGAGGCCAGCAGCAUACCAAGCUGGAUGUUCAUUGGAUGGAUUAGCCAGAUGGUGGCUCUUCUUGACAAGCCAGAAUCCUUAGCCGUCCAAGAAAUCCUGAAAACUAUCGCUGAGGAUUACCCUCAGGCUCUGGUCUACCCAUUCAAGAUCAGCAGUGAAGAUUUCAAGCUUGGUGAUGGAUCACCAGAGGAGAGACAGAGGAAGGAUGCCGUCAAGGAGAUUGACAACAUCUUAUCCAAGGUUUCUCUGGUAGAAAAUCUCACAUUGGCUCUUCAAAGACUCACACAUCCUGGCUUCCUCUUCAAGGACUGGGUGGAAGGCAUGAAGCCUUUUAUGGACAAAAGGACGCACAAUCCAUCGGCCAUCAAGAGAGAAUACCAGAAGCUCUACCAGCAGCUGUUCGAGUCUGGAGGAAGGCGAGGCGAACCGUCAAGCUCUAAUCAAACAGUGGAAGCUGGACCAUACUGGAAGAAAGUUGGAAGGGAAUAUCAGAAGAGGUUUGAUUCAGAAUUUGGUAAAGAUGGGAGUAAACUUGCAUCGAUGGACUACAAGAUGUUGGUGUCCGUGAAGCAGAAGAUUUACGAUAAGAUGAACCCUGGGAAAGAUGAUCCUGGUAACCUCAAAGAGUACUCACCAUGGUUCACUGCCUUCCAGUCUCUACAGGGAGAUGAGCUGGAAAUACCGGGUCAGUAUGAUGGGAGCAAGAAGCCCCUCCCUGCUUACCACGUCAAGAUCGCAGGCUUUGACGAGACAGUGAUAACGCUGCCCUCCCUGCGCAAGCCGAAAUGCAUCAAAAUCCGCGGCGACGACGAGACGGACUACCCUUUCCUGGUGAAGGUCGGCGAGGACCUGAGGAUGGAUCAAAGGAUUGAACAACUCUACUGCAUCAUGAAUGGCAUCUUGGCACAGGAUGCAGCAUGCAGCCAACGAGGGCUCACUCUCAGAACCUAUCAGGUCAUUCCCAUGACUUCAAGACUUGGUAUUUUAGAAUGGGUGAAGAAUACGACGACCCUCAAAGAUUUCAUCACCCGGGCCAUGAGUGAAACCGAGCACAAUGCCUACAGGAGUGCAGCUGGUCCAGGAACUCUGUUUGCUCAGUGGAUAAAGAAAUUCAGCAAUGAUCGGAAUCCGAAUGAAGUUCAAAUGUAUGCUGCUGCAUUCCAGCGUGCUAACGAGACAGAAACUGUAAAGGCUUUCAGAGAAAGAGAAGCAAAAGUACCAUGGGACCUCCUUAGACGAGGCUUUAUGGAGCUGAGUGCCUCCCCUGAAGCAUUCUUAACCUUGAGGGCGCACUUCGCUCGUUCGCACGCUGUCCUGUGUAUCUGUCAGUACAUCCUUGGUAUUGGCGAUCGUCAUCUUUCCAAUUUUCUGAUCAGCUUAGAAACUGGAGGAAUGGUGGGCAUUGACUUUGGACAUUCCUUUGGCUCAGCUACUCAGUUCUUGCCAAUCCCUGAACUGAUCCCAUUCCGCCUGACCAGACAGAUCGUGAACCUCAUGCGUCCUAUGGAGAUAGAGGGCGACCUACAGAGUUCAAUGGUCCAUACGUUGAGGGCGCUUCGACAAGACCAUGAGCUCUUACUGAACACCAUGGAUGUGUUCAUAAAAGAGCCCUCUCUGGACUGGAAGGGUUUUGCUGAUAAACAGGCGAAAACACUAGAGAUGUCGGAAGAAGAUCGUAAGGAUAUAUCCUGGUACCCGAGAGAGAAGAUCGAUUUGGCAAAGAUGAAACUGCAAGGAGCGAACCCAACAUUCAUUACCAAGAAAGAGCUCGAAAUGGGCCACUCAAAGAACCCUGAUGUGUUGAAGGCAUUGAAAGCUAUAUGCGGAGGAACAAGAAAUCACAAGAGAGCCCAGUGUGGUACCAAAGGACUUCGGGUUGAGGAUCAAGUCGCUUGUCUGAUCGACCAGGCAACUGACCCUCAUAUCCUGGGCAUAACCUGGCAGGGAUGGGAACCAUGGGUGUAGGUCUGUUGGUCAGUCAUUAUGGACUUCAAAGAUAAGGGUUGAGGAUCAAGUUGCUUGUCUGAUUGACCAGGCAACUGACCCUCAUAUCCUGGGCAAAACUUGGCAGGGAUGGAAACCAUGGGUCUAGGUCUCUUGCUUGUUCAUAUAUGAAGCUCUUUUAAAUGGAGGAACUAGAGAGCUACCAAAUGCUGGUGAAUUGCCAAUUCGCCCACUGCCUACCUGCCACUCAUCGCAUGGUCUAUGUUAAUUUAGUCUAAUGCCAUUCCUUCCAAAUGGUAUAUGGACUAAAUGGCUGUUAGACCAACUGGUUAUUUGACCGAAUGAAAGUAGACCAUGUGGUGAGUGGACGAACUGAUGGUAGGCGAAAUGACAGUAGACAAGUUUGAGAUUGGACAGACUGGCAUUAGACAAAUUGGAAAUAAACCCAAAUGUCGAGGGGUUGAGGAUCAAUUCGCUUGUCUGAUUCACCAGUUAGCCAGGGAUAAAAACCAUGGAUCCAAUGGGGUGUUGCAAGGAGUUUCCAAUAGAUUGCAAAUUAUAAGUCUGGUGAUUAACACAAAUUGUCAAUUGAUUAUUGAUCAGCCUCUUGCAAUAGAAGAGUAUUGACCUACAUGCUGUAUUUGAUCUAUUAUAUUUUUUUUGCAAUUAGCCGACAUGUGCAGUCUUUCAAGUUUCAUUUUAAGAUUGUGAUGAUGAAUAGCAAGGCACAUUUAGGCCUUGUCUUUUAGCGAAAAUGCCACUAUGAAAUUGCGAUGCAUCUCUCUGGAGUGGCUUUCCUGCACUCCCAAUUGUUUUGGCUGAAAUCAAAUUUACAUGUAUGUGUGUCCGAUUUCAAUUUCUUCUCCAUUCUUAGUUUGCUUCAUGAGCUACUUCAUCCAUGAUGAUGUCAAGAGUUUUGCACCCUUUGUUCAGUGUUCAAACCAGAGUUGAUCACUUCAGGAACAACCCACACAUAGGGUAGCAUUUAAUGAAACCGAUCUGUCAGUGACUUUUUACUGGCAAUUGUUCCGAGCAAUUAUUUCAGUAGCUUAUCAAUAACAUUUGUUUCAUGAAAAGCUCCCCAAAUGUACAUGCUGUUAAAUACAUUAUGAAUGAGGAAGAUGUGAAUAUGACCACCAAAUAUAUCAUCUUCAAUACAUGUUGAUGCAUUCUCUGAAAUUGCUUUUCUCUUUCGUUCUGUGCCUAUUGUAUCAGAUAGUUUUCACAUUUUAGCCUCUUGGUACUUUCAACCUUUUGCAACUGGUAUAAGUGUAGUGAUAAACGUGCUUAUUCAUUCCUAAAGCAGUAGUACUUGAGAUGUAGAAAUUUAGAGUCCAAACUCUAUAAAAAGAUCAAGGAGUUUUGUAUUUGUCGUUUUGUUUUAUUUUCAACAGUAAUGAUUCUUUUUUUUUUACUUUUAAGGUUGUGUGAGUAAUUUUACAGAGAUUUGCUAAAGAGUGAGAGAUGAGAUUGGGCAAUUUUUCUAAGAAGUGACUUCUUUCACGUUUUACUUAGAACAUCCAUGAAUGUGGCAGAGCAAACUGGUCUCGCUUCAUGCUAGUCUCUAAAAUCAAGCUUUUGAAACUUCUCAAGUGAAACAUCCUCCGAAUCACAAUAUUCUGUAAUUAAAUUGCACCUGCAUCCAGAAUAUCUUUUCAGACAUGUGCCAAAUUUAAAAUGCAAAAAAGCUUAGUUUGUGACUUAAUUUUCUUGCUAUCUUCUCUAUUUUUAAUACCAAUUUUUGUUGUGUGAUUCCAUUCCAUGGGUAUUGUACAAAAUAUAUUUGUAUGUGUUGUUUGUAGUACAAUUUAAGCUUUUCAUGUCUAUAUAUAUAUAAAGUUAACUCUGCAUAAAUAAAUUGCACAAGUCAGAUUUGAAUAUCAGGGAGAGGGAGGGGUGCCAAUACUACCAAUAUACCAUCUAAUUACAUAAUUUGUAAGUCAAAUUUUCAUGUUCAAUUUAGACAGGGUUAACUGUACAUACCUUGUUCUGCCUUUCAUUCCUGCUUUAGCAAGAUGCAGUUACUUCCAAGAAGAACUCUAAUAAUAUUAGAUAAAUGUGUUUGUUACUACAAUGACUUUCAUGUAUGCAAUAAUACUUUUCACAAUAAAAUAUAGAAA